ACAACCAGCAGAGCGACACUGACCAAGUCCACAGGCUAAAACGCCCGAAUAAUUCGUGUUCUCACCCCGCGUGCUUCUGUUUUCCUACUUUAACCUCGUCAGCAGACAAUACUCAAACACCAGCAUUCACUUCAUACACAAUUAACCCCGUCGAACCGGCUGUUUCCCCAGCUUAUACGUUACACUUCCGGGUUUACAAGCGUCUUUUUCCCCCUCUGAGGAUCAGCUGUGAAGAUUGAAUGAAGCAGAGAAGAGGAAGAGAAGAAGAGAGCAGAAUAAUAAACACAGCGUGCCCGGAGGACGACCAGAGAAAGCGGCUUUUCUGGAUUUUUUUCUCCUGACGGGAGCGCGCUGGCAUUCACCACAUCUCCUAUUAUAUAUCAGCAUAAUCCACAGAAGUAUGAAGAUCUGUCAAUGGUGACUCAUCCUACAGCUCUCAUAUGCGCUUUCUUCUCCUCCGACUGAGUUGUUUCGGAUCUCCAACACUUAAUUAAGUCUAUUUUGAGAGUAUUUAUUGAUAUAUUAAGACAUUAUCUAGCUUUUUUCUGUCAUUUGUGCUGCUGUCACGCUUUGUUGGGAUCUGGGAGAACGGCGCGUGCACGAGUCCGGCUGAUUUAUCUGUAUUAUUUUCAUGAUUUAAUGAGAAUUAAAGUGUCGCCGGUUGGACAAUGAAGAAGUUCUUCGAUGCCCGACGGGAGAUGGUGAGCUCCGGGCCCGCGUCUGGAGCUGGUGCGGGAGGCGGCGCGGGCUCCGGUGCCUUUAUCGGACGCGUUUUCUCCAUCGGACGCUAUCAGGUGACCGUGGAGGAGACCGUAGCGGAGGGUGGUUUUGCUAUCGUGUUUCUGGUGAGGACUCAUCAGGGCGUCCGCUGUGCACUGAAGAGAAUGUAUGUCAACAAUGAGCAUGACCUUGAAGUAUGCAAGAUGGAGAUCCAGAUUAUGAGAGACCUCGUGGGGAACAAAAACAUAGUAGGCUUCCUGGACUCCAGCAUCACAGCGGUGGGAUCAGGCGACGUUUGGGAAGUUCUCAUACUGAUGGACUUCUGUAGAGGUGGGCAGGUUGUGAACCUGAUGAACCAGCGUUUGCAGACGGGCUUCAGUGAGUCAGAAGUGCUGCAGAUCUUCUGUGACACAUGUGAAGCCGUCGCUCGACUGCAUCAGUGCAAAACUCCCAUCAUCCACCGGGACCUCAAAGUGGAGAACAUCUUGCUCCAUGACAGAGGUCAUUAUGUGUUGUGUGAUUUCGGCAGUGCCAUCAACCGCUCCCAAAAUCCGCAAACAGAAGGUGUGGCAGCAGUAGAAGAAGAAAUCAAGAAGUACACUACUCUUUCAUACCGUGCUCCAGAAAUGGUCAAUCUGUACGGAGGCAUGGUUAUCACUACUAAAGCAGAUAUAUGGGCUUUGGGCUGCUUGUUGUAUAAGUUGUGUUAUUUCACACUGCCGUUUGGAGAGAGUCAGGUGGCCAUCUGUGACGGCAGCUUCACUAUCCCAGACAACUCCAGAUACUCGCACGACAUGCACUGUCUCAUCCGUUACAUGCUGGAGCCAGACCCUGACGUAAGGCCAGAUAUCUACCAGGUGUCAUAUUUCGCCUUUAAACUGUCCCGGAAAGAGUGUCCUGUACAGAACGUUCACAAUUCACCCAUUCCGACUAAACUCCCGGAGCCAAUCAGAGCGAGUGAAGCUGUGGCCAAGAAGAGUCAAAACAAAGCCAGGCUCACUGAUCCAGUCCCCACCACUGAGACAUCCAUCGCACCCCGGCAGCGUCCCAAGGCUGGUCAGGCUCAACCAAUCACAGGCAUCCUGCCCAUCCAACCAGCCCUCACCCCUCGCAAAAGACCCAAUGCACCUCCAGGACCCAGCCAACCAAUCAGUGUUAACAUGGCUUCCCAGCCUCCUGUCGCUCAGCAGCACGCCACACCCGCUCAAAUACAGGCCACUCCCUCUCCACCACAGACCACACCCCAGCACGCACAAAUGUUCGUGCAGCAGCAAAAUACAGCCUUCUUUACAGCUCAACAACAGCAUCACUCAACGCAGACCAGCAUUUUAUCAGCACAAAUGGCUGCAUCUCCCUCCACACAAUCUAAACCUAAGAAUAGGGCACCCCCUCCACCCGUGCACCACCCUCAACCCGACCGCCUGACAACAUUAUCAGCAACCACACAGACAAAACCCAAAGCAAUGGCCCCGGCCCCGCCUGCAGAGUCUCCGCAUAGUGUAGAUGGUGAUGCCUCUGUGUCUGCGCAACCUAAAACCAAAGCUAUGGCACCUCCACCCCCUGCAUCGCAUGCCUCCUCCACCCUGCUUCCACCUAACAGCAGCUCAGCUCCAUCCACUGACUCUGAAGGAGAGCCAGAGCAGAGGUCUGCUUCUGGAAGUCGUGGAGUACAUAAAGUCGGCUCUUUGACUCCACCCUCUUCCCCUAAGACCGCCCCUAAGGGAGGACACAGACGAAUCCUGAGUGAUGUCACACACAGCACCAUAUUUGGAGUUCCUGUGAGCAAAUCCACCCAACUUCUUCAAGCUGCAGCUGCUGAAGCCAGCCUCAACAAAUCAAAGUCGGCUAGCACUACUCCAUCUGGGUCUCCAUGUUCAUCACAGCAAAGUGUUUAUCAGCCAGCGGAUGCUUCAGGACACUCGGCUGGAGCCACAGGAUCCUGGAACCCAUUUGGCGAUGACAAUUUCUCCAAACUCACUGCAGAAGAGCUGCUGAACAAGGAUUUUGCCAAACUGGAUGCCAAGACAGCAGAGAGAUCCUGUCCUGAAAAUCUGAUUUCUGGGUUGCAGUCCGUGUCAUCCAAUAAAGGCUUUCUCCAGGGAGGAGCUGGAAUGGAUUCGCUGAUCCCUGGUCUGGAUCCUCUACAGACUGAUCUUGGAUCAGCUGCACUUCCAGAAUCUUUGGCUGGACGGGAUUCUCUUCUGGAUGGUUCGCUUCUCUCUCACCCCUCCACUGGGGGUCUACUGCUGUGUUCCCCCUCGUCCCUGCCUGUACCAUGUGUGGACCAGUUUACUGCUUUGAGCAGUGGACCAUCCUACCAGGCAUCAGAUCAGAAUCACCCGCUCUCAGGCUUCCAGUCCUCUGAGACUGGAGACCAGAGCUCCAAUAACCAGUUUGACCCAAUUCCAGUGCUAAUCUCCAAAAGCUCCAGCCAAGAAGCCGAAGGGAAGAGCGAUGGAUAUGGGAUCGCCAAUGAUGAUGACAACCCAACAGAGGAGGACUUUCCUCAUUCCAGCGAUGAGGACGAUGCUGAAAAAGGAGGAAGGUCACAGGUUAGCGGUGAUGAAACUCCAAGCCUGGAUUGUAGUGGCUCCAGACCGUUACUUCAAGACUCAGAUGAUGAAGAAGAGCAAAGUCCAGCAUCUUCAAGAAACCUCCAAAUAUCUUCAGCAUCUGAUGUAGCAUUCGAAAACCAGUCUGAAAACCACUCUCCACAAGCCCAACGUUCAGGAGCAGAUCCAAGCGUCGAUGUUUUCUCUAAAGCUCCAUUCCGGAUUGGACAAAACCUGGACAACAACAAUAGUGAUGGAGACGUGUUCACCAAUGCGCCUUUUCUACGUCCUCCAGCUCAGCCUGACAUUUUCCUCCAAGCUCCUUUUGGUAGGAAGAAGGAAGCUUCUGGUAAGGUUUACACCAAUCCUGUGAUCCACCCCAUGUUUUUACAGGGUUCUUCCAUUGACCAGAGUAUUCUUGGCCCGGUGGCUCCUCUUCAAUUUCAACCGCAGGAGCUUUCGAAGUAUUCCAGACACUAUGAAGAACCAGUGGACUCGGAUCCUGAACACAAUAUGGCAUCAGACGUGAGCUCUGGGGAUCCGUUUGUUUCAGCGCCCUUCCAUCUUAAAGGCCGUCAUGAGAAACACUGAACAAUUGGAGUCUACAAAACUCCUUUUUUUGCCCUCUAAAAGAUUUGAGCUUCACAUGAUGAAUAAAAUGCUGUAUGCUGAAUGUAAAAUAUUGAGGAAUGAAGCACAUUUACGGCCUCCGGCAGUCAAUCUCGGGUAAAUGUUUGAUUGUGUGACGCCUUCUGCUACCUCAGGUCAUUCUCAUGCCGUUAAACUUUAUUUCUGUCCACUGAAUUAUUGCUUACAAGUGUUGGAUCAUUUUCUCUUGUGAGGUUAAAGAAUUCCAUUAUCAAAUGUUUGAUUAUUCUUUAUCUGAUGGUACUUCUACAAUUAUGGUAAAACAGGUAGUUUUGUAUAUAGUAGCUCAGACCACCACCACCAUCAUCAUCAUCAUCAUCAUCAUCAUCAUCAUAAUAAUAAUAAUAAAAGUCAUUUCCUACCAUUUAUAAUAAAUAAAACACAUUUAUUUAGUUGAUUUUUUGUCGCAAAACAAACACAAAGCUUAAGUGGGAUGUGAUAAAUGAAUUGAAAAUAAUUUAAAAACCAAAGAUAUAAAUAUUUUUUGCUGUUGUUUUUUAUUAAAAAUUAUGUAUUAACAUCAACAUAAAUUCAAGACGUUACUACUGUGCUAUUAUUAAACAUAAUUAAUUUUUUAUA